CAAAGUAGCAUUUUGUCCCAAUCAUCCUGAGUUUACCUCUCAGUGUUUUGGUGCAUUUUAUCAACCUUCACUUGAACCUGGUCGUCUGUGUAAUGGACAGUGGGGCCCAAACUUAGAUCUUCAGGUGGAGCCCAGAACUCCUGGGGCCGGCCCUGGAUGGGACUGUUAAAGGAACUGUGGACUCAUCCUGCAGAGACAGAGUGUGUGCCGGUGGCUCCCAGUGUGCCCAGUAAAGACAGAGGUCCCUGCCCAGUGGCGACACACCUAGUCCAUAUAAAGGCUGUACACCUGUGGAGCGGUGUUCACUCUCUUAUGGAGCGCGUGCUGGAAGGAGCCUCACAUUGUCAGGAUGUUGACUCAGUCCUCGGUUUAUCGGUGAUAAAGGGGAGCUGUUAGCGGUAAUCAUGAUGACGUUGUUGUGGUUAGAAUGAUCCGCUCUUUGGACCGGACAGUCACCGUUUCCCUACAGCAGCAGAGCCCGCGGACACACGGACCGUCAGCCGCCGAGAGGAGCUCAGACAGCGGCUUCAGGAGGUUGUGGCUCUUGCAAAGAUAUUUGUCAACUGUUUGGCUCUUUGGUUGAGCAGGGGAGAUGAGGCGUCUGUCGAGAAAGAAGAAUGUGGUCGCUGCUCUGCUGCUGCUCGUGGGUGGAUUUUACCUCACCAACCACUCAGACUUCCUCAUGGCUGGCCUGCGGCGGUCUCUGGAGUCGCGUCCUCUGGAGUUGACCUGGGAGGCUGAGCGCCUGGUCAGCAAGGAGUCGUGGGUGGAGCGGGGCGACUUUCUGCCUCUGAAUGUGACCUAUCAGCUGCUGGCUGGAGCGCCGUCGCCUCAGCAGAGGUUUUUAUCGGUGGGAAUGUCCUCGGUGAAGAGGCAGAAGGGCAGCUACCUGAUCCCCACUCUGCAGUCCCUGUUCUCCCAGUCGUCUGCGGAGGAGCGCUCCUCCAUGGUGGUGGUGGUGCUGCUGGCAGACUUCGAUGCCAGCUGGAGGGCCAGCACGGUGAAGGAGAUCAGGUCUGCGUUAGCCUCAGAGCUGGAUCAGGGACAGCUGCUGGUCCUGCACGUCCCUCAGGAGUGGUACCCUCCUUUAUCAGGUCUGAAGAGGAACUUCAACGAUGCCGCUGACAGGGUUUCCUUCCGCUCCAAACAGAACCUGGACUACGCCUUCCUCAUGCACUACAGCGCUGCUUUGGGCCGAUACUACCUCCAGCUGGAGGACGACAUCUCCUCCGCCAAAAACUUCCUGAGCGCCAUCCGGAGGCACGUGGAUGAGCAGGAGAGGACAGGGAAGACGUGGGCGACGCUGGAGUUCUCCACCCUCGGCUACAUCGGGAAACUCUACAAAUCAGCUCAUCUUCCUCUCCUGGCACGCUUCCUCUUCCUCUUCUACCAGGAAAUGCCCUGUGAUUGGCUGAUGUCUCACUUCAGGAUGCUGCUGACUCAGAAGGAGCAGAUCUUGUUCAAGCCGUCGCUCUUCCAGCACAUGGGGACGUUCUCGUCCUUCAGAGGGACCUACAACAAACUGAAGGAUAAAGACUUUGAGGACGGCGUCUACAGUAAUCCUCCAGCAGAGGUUUUCUCUGACAUAUCUGUCUUCCAGAAACACGCCCCCAUGCUGGCCUGGGAGUCCGGCGAGGGCUUCUUCUGGGGGCGCUCUCCUGAGAAAGGAAACCACCUGACCGUGGUGCUCCGGGAGCCCGCCGUGCUGACGGGGAUUCUGGUGGAGACGGGCUCUGGAGGGAAGGACCUGCUGGAGUCGGGGGAGGUGGAGCUGGGCCGCGAGGUGGUGACCACGGCCAAAAAGGAGAAGACGUGCCGACAGUUCCUGUCCCUGGGGGAGUUAGAGAGCGGCAGGUUUGAGAUGCACGAGGUGGAUAAGAUGUACAGCUCCGCCUCUUCCUGUCUGAGGAUCAUGGUGACGGCGGGGCAGAAGGACUGGGUCAUCGUUAACAAAGUCAGGAUCUCUAAAAAGACGUUAACAGAAGUGAAACCGUCCUGAUGGAGCCAUGUUUAACUCAGGAUAAACUCUGACUUUAGUGCCUUUAAAACGGUUAUAUGACACUUCUACCUGAGGACCACGUUCAACCAAAGUCUGUGAGGAAUCAGGAGAUUUACGUUUUUAUAAGAGAAGCCAUGUAUUUUAUAUUUUUAUAUAUUCAUAAUCAUACUGCUGCAGUGUUUCUGAGAUCAGGCUCGUCAUGAUAUUUGAGUUUUGUUUGGAUUCUUUUAGCAGAAAUAAAAUAAAUAAAUACAAAAAUAGAACUUUUAACCCUUCCUAGGAACAUUUUGUGCCAUUCAGUUUUUUCCUCUCUAGCCAUUCUGACUGUGUUGAAUGAGUAUCGCUUAAACUGGCCUGUCUGACUUCCUUAAAGGGGACAUAUCCUGCAAAAAUCACUAUUUCAGGCUUUUCCAACUAAACUAUCCUGUCCGCAAUCCCCUCAAGUACCAGAAAAAUCCACCCUCUCUUUCUCCACCUUUCAGAAAAUGUGUGCUGACACAAGCCGUUCUCAGAUUUUCUCCUCAUGAUGUCAUGUGGGGAGUUAGCCCCGCCCCCAGGUUCUCUUGGCCCUCCCCUCCCCCCUUGGAAGAAAGUCCCGUCCGCCUCUCAGCUGGCAUCUGAGAGGAAGAUCAGGAGAGCCACAUCCAAUUCCCAAGAGGGGUGUGGUCAGGGGCGGAGUCAGAUAGCUCAGUAACAUUUAAAACCACAGACACAGAAACAGCUGGUUCUGAGCAGGGCUGAA